AUGUUGGAAGUAUGGUCUGAGAUCGCGGACGCCGUCGUGAAAGGUGCUCAGCAGGCAGGCUAUCGCUACUUGGACUACAAUGCCGGGGACCUGAUUGGAGUGUCGUAUCUGCAGGCACACACUCGCAAAGGACAUCGAGCCACAGGAGGUAAUGCUUACCUGAAGGAUGUCAUCCAUCGGCCGAAUCUUCACAUUCUAACCCGCUCGUGGGUUACCAAGGUUUUGAUAGAUCCCAAAACAAAACAGGCGACGGGCGUGAGAUUUGUAAACGGAAGGCGUAGCUACACCGUUUGGGCUUCAAGAGAGGUGAUCCUGUCAGCAGGGGCAUUUGAGAGUGCUAAGCUGCUGAUGUUGUCCGGAGUGGGUCCAGCGAAGCAUUUGCAAAAGCAUGACAUCAAAGUAAUACAGAACUCGCCGGUUGGGAAGCAGGUGACCGAACAUGGGGGCGUAUUUGGACCAGUGUUCAUAAUUCAUAAUGAUCCUGAUGGGCUUCACAGCUUGGAACAGUUGGCAUCGAUCAGUGAAAUAACGAAAUUUAGGUCAGGAAGGGGACCAAUGACAUCGAACUCCGUCGAGACGUUGAUGUACAUUAAGUCACCAGUUGCGGAAGAUCCAGACCCCGAGAUACCGGACGUAGAAAUUAUGCAGGCUUUCAUUACAUUUGGUUUCGACUCGUCUCCGUCUACGAAAUUCGCGUACCAGUUGAGUGACGAGGUGGAUGAAGAAUAUUUCAGACCACUUAACAACAUGAGGGCCUUCAUGUAUCUGCCGAUGCUGCUUAGAGCCCGUGCUCGAGGAAAGCUUCGUUUGAAAUCAACGAAUCCUUUCCACCACCCAGAAUUCAAAUAUCAGUAUUUCGAGGACGAACGGGAUGUUGAUGCGUUAGUGUAUGGAAUUUUGCAUGCGAUUAACGUUACUUCACAGCCCGCUUUCGAACACUUGGGAGUGGAACUGUAUGCGAAGAAGGUACCUGGCUGUGAAAAUUUCAAAUUCAACACGUUGGAAUACUGGCGGUGUCAUGUGCGAACCUUGACUGCAACCUUCCAACAUCAGGUGGCCACAUGUAAAAUGGGACCAGCCAAAGACCCAGAGGCUGUGGUGGAUCAUCGCCUAAGGGUACACGGCAUCACUGGUCUUCGAGUGGCCGACGUUGGGAAUCAUUCCCGAAUCGCCAACCGGCCACACUAG